AUUUCACCAAAAUCCGGGCGGGAUAACUGUUGCGGAUCCUCGUCCAACCGCCAUACCCAAAACCGAUCCGGCUCACACAGCCAAGUCGGGUUCUCUCAUUUCUCGCUCUGUUCAGUUCAAAAGGUGCCCCAAGUACCGUACUAUCGGAGUAGUUAAGUGCGUUUUUCUCUCUCGGAGGCUCCGAAGGCACACUGUCCUACGAAAUUCCUAGAAACCCUAGAAAAUCUGCACGCCAUGGAUAUGCAGCAGGGGGAUUUCGAUCGGAUUCUCUUCUUCGAGCACGCCCGCAAGACCUCUGAGGCCACCUACGCUAAGAACCCUCUCGAUGCCGAUAAUUUGACUAGGUGGGCAGGAGCACUGUUAGAGUUGUCUCAGUUUCAGAGUGUCCCUGAUUCAAAGAAGAUGAUUCUAGAUGCGGUUUCGAAGCUGGAGGAGGCAUUGCUGGUUAAUCCCAAGAAGCAUGACACUCUUUGGUGCCUCGGAAAUGCUUAUACUUCUCAUGCAUUUUUGAACCCAGAUGAGGACGAAGCAAAGGAGUAUUUCGAUAAGGCAGCUCUCUACUUUCAGCAAGCCCUCGAUGAGGAUCCGGGAAAUGAUCUUUAUCGCAAGUCCUUGGAAGUGGCUGCUAAGGCUCCUGAAUUGCACACGGAAAUCCAUAGGCAUGGUUUAGCCCAACAAACAUUGGGGUCAGCAGGACCGUCUACUUCAUCAGGUUCAAAGACGUCUUCAAAGAAAAAGAAGAGCAGCGAUCUCAAGUACGACAUAUUUGGAUGGAUAAUUCUUGCUGUUGGAAUUGUUGCAUGGGUGGGAUUUGCAAAGUCCCAGGUGCCUCCCCCUCCUCCUCCUCCUCCUCCGCGAUAAGUUAGGCAGUUGGUUCCAUUUGGUUGUCUCAAGACGGAGAUUGAACAUUUAUCAGAGAUUUGAGCUUUUGACCAUCACAUCUGAUCCAUCAUCCAUUAGUUACUUUUUCUUUUUUCACCCUAGUAAUGUUUUCCUAGUUUAGCUUAUAGAAAAGUAAAAAGAGUCUUCUUCUAUAUGAAAUAUUUUUUUUCCCCACUGAAUUCUAGUUGAGCAGCUAUUUUCUGGUGGAUGCACCAUGUGUGUUUAUUCUGAUAGAGCUGCAGUGUUUCCGUUUUGUCUUGGUUUGUUUCACCAUAAAAUCGUUGAGUUGACAAUGUUUUAUAGAAUGACAUUUUCCGGAGGGUU